AAAGUUUAAUUCCACACUAUCUCAUGUUUGAAAGUGGACAACUUACAGCAGAAAUUAUUCAUUUCUUAGCGAAAAGAACAAAAAAGUUUGCUGAACAGAAACUAGCAUCCUCCAGAAUAUACUACCAUGGCUCACUCAGGAAUGCAGAUUCUAGGUUUCAUGUUUGGUGUCAUUGGAAAUAGUUGUGUACUUGCUGCCAUACUGUCUAAAGAGUGGAAAAUAACAAGCAGAGCAUCUUCAGUGAUCACUGCUACAUGGGUCUUUCAAGGUCUUUGGACGAACUGUGCUGGAAAUGCUCUUGGAUCAGUUCAGUGUCGUGAACACCUCACUUUAUUCAAGUUAGACGCCUAUGUCCUGGUCUGUCGAGCGCUUAUGGUCACCUCUAUUUGUCUGGGAUUUUUCGGUUCCAUAUUAGCACUGAUGGGGAUGAAAUGCACCAACGUCGGAGGGUCAGAAAGGAUUAAAGCAAAAGUUACCUUUUGUGUUGGAUUCAUGUUCAUACUUGCUGGGUUGUCACCAAUGGUUGCCUGCUCAUGGUAUGCAUAUCAAGUUACUUUAGACUACAAUGAUCCUCUUAUGCCAAAAUAUGAAUUAGGAACUGCUUUAUUUGUUGGCUGGUCUGGUGCUGCUUUAUGCAUUAUGAGCGGUGUGAGCUUUUGCCUUUCAAUAUCUGAGGAUAAACAUCCCCGAAGAAUGGGUUAUGGAGCAGCACCAUUUCUUCCUUCUCGGACAAUGGUGUACAAUGGUGCAACAGAAGUGAGGUCAGCCAAAGGCGUGGGAAUGGAACCAAAACAAUUUGAUAAAAAUUCAUACGUUUAAUGGAAACAAUGCAUCCAGAAAAAUAUAGGGGUCUGGUUCACAUAGAGAAAUCUAUUCACAUAUUAGAAAAAAAUCUAAUAUCAUUUCACAUUGCUUUACACAAAGGCUCCAAAAGCAACAUAUUGCAGAUCUUUAUAAAAUGUUCCUACUCUUUUUCUUGUGUGCAAACCUUUACACUUCAUGUUAGAGCCUAUUACCUAUAAUAAUCCUUGCAUUUGACAUAAUGCCUUAUCGUGUUGUUGAAACCCCUGAAAGUGCUUCACAAGAUAUUACUGUAAAGUGUAAUUACUGUGUAUUUGUAGUUAAACAUACCAACUUUUAGUUUGCCUUUAGAAAUGUGUAUAAAGAGAUGGAUUGAAAUACUGGGUUUAUAAAAUGAUUGCUUGAAAUAUAUUAAUAAUCACUUGAAAUAUGCAUGAAAUGAUUAAAUGAAAUAGGUAUAAAAUGACGUUUGAAAUACGUAUAAAAUUAUGUUUGAAAGACGUGUAAAGUAAUUGUUUGAAAUAUAUCUGAAGUGAUUACAUUCUAACUUUGGCCACCUCUGUAAGUAGACCGCUGUUAUUAUUCAAAAUGACACUCAGAACAAUAAACGGUUUACUGCCAAAUAA